AGGAAGAGAAGUUUCGACCAGCACACAAUCGAAUCGGUUUUAGGGUUUCGAAGGAUCGAGAAAAAUGGAAGUGAAGCAGCUCCUAAAGGACAAGAAAUUCUGGUUCGCCUCCUUCCUCAUUGGAUGGGCUGCUGCUCUCCAGGGGCAUAUGAUGUGGGUGCAGAAGCAGGAUUCCUUCAAGCAAAAAUUUGGGAACACUGAGGGGAGCGAUAGCGAUGCAGGGAACUGAAUCUCAUGAUUCGAUCGAAGGCAGAACUUGAACGUGUGCUUGUGAAUGUGAAUGUGAAUGUGAAGUGGAACAGCAAUGCCAUAACGGUUAUCCCAGGGACAUUCUUCUCCGCCGAACCCUCGAUAGUCUUCCUCAUUUUCCUCUUCUUU